AGGAACAAACCGUUGACAGACGGAGCAGGGGAAGGUAGUGGUGUUCUUGUCCCUUAGCUUAUGGCUAGAGGGCAUUGAAUUUGGCGGAAUAUUAUGCUGAUUGUCAACGAGAUUAGGAAAGUAAAACGGUUUUUUUAAAAUUUUGGGAGCAGGAACCGUGGAUUUGAGACUUAAACACAAGAACCAUUAAAAAAACGGGAGGCAGAAGACACGUUGGUGUGAGAGCGGACCGAGGAGGAUUUGUGAGCGUGCAAUGUUCGGCCGGGCCGCUGCUGCCGCCGCCGCCCAGCAGCGACACUUAUAGAUAAAGAGCUAGCCUCCCGGAGGAGCCCGGAUCCACCGUCAACCGCUCCAACAUGGACGGGCAGCCGCCGGCUGCCGGAAGCGAAUCGCCUCCUCGCAGCCGGGACAGGUCUGACAGGUCCUCCUCGAAGAAGAAACCUCCCGAAGACGACCCAAGAAACAAAACCAAGCUGAACCUUAACAUAAAAACUUUGGCGGAUGAUGUGCGUGACAGAUUAACCAGCUUUCGAAAGUCAACUGCGAAGAAAGAGAAACCUCACAUACAACAUCCUACUGAUUCCCAAACAGCCAUGUGUGACUUACCACUAGCCCAACCGGUGUUUGAGGAAUGUUUCAUGAAUCUUUCUGAGAAAGAAAUUUUAGAUCUCUUUGAAAAAAUGAUGGAAGACAUGAAUCUGAAUGAGGAUCGUAAAGUUCCACUCCGAGGAAAGGAUCUAAUGACAAAGAGAGAAAUGGUGGUUCACUAUAUCUCUGCAACUGCCAAAUCUAUAACUGGAAGCAAAGUUUCGGGUGGGCUAAGGAACAGCAAGCAUGAAAGUACUCUCUCAUCCCAAGAAUAUGUUCAUGAGUUACGUUCUGGAAUUACUGAUGAUAAACUUCUUAACUGCUUAGAAUCACUGAGAGUUUCUUUGACCAGCAAUCCUGUUAGCUGGGUUAAUAACUUUGGUCAUGAAGGACUUGGUCUCAUGCUUGAUGCUUUGGAGAAACUAUUGGACAAAAAACAACAAGAAAUGAUUGACAAGAAAAACCAACAUAAGCUUAUCCAAUGUCUAAAGGCAUUUAUGAACAACAAGUUUGGAUUGCAAAGAAUUCUUGGCGAUGAAAGGAGCCUGUUGUUACUGGCAAGAGCAAUUGACCCAAAACAAACAAACAUGAUGAUAGAAAUUGUUAAAAUUCUGUCUGCAAUUUGCAUUGUCGGAGAAGAAAAUAUCCUUGAUAAAAUUUUGGAAGCCAUAACCACAGCUGCGGAGCAAAAUAACAGAGAACGAUUUGCACCCAUUGUCGAGGGAUUGGACAAUCAUGAAGCACUUCAAUUGCAGGUCGCAUGCAUGCAGUUAAUUAAUGCUUUGGUCACAUCUCCAGAUGAUCUGGAUUUCAGGAUACACUUGAGAAAUGAAUUCUUACGUUGUGGAUUGAAAAAGAUACUUCCCGUCCUGAAAGAUAAAGAAAAUGAAGAACUAGAUAUUCAAUUAAAAGUGUUUGAUGAAAACAAAGAAGAAGACUUCAUUGAGGUGUCGCAUCGACUGGAAGACAUCCGGUCUGAGAUGGAUGACAUGAAUGAAGUGUACCAUCUGCUGUCUAAUAUGGUGAAAGACACAGCAGCGGAGAAUUAUUUUCUCUCAAUGCUGCAACACCUACUGCUCAUCAGGAAUGAUUACUAUGUCAGACCUCAGUAUUACAAGAUAAUUGAAGAAUGCGUUUCGCAGAUAGUAUUGCAUCGGAAUGGAGUAGAUCCCGACUUUGAAUACCGUAAACGAUUAGAUGUAGAUUUUAGUCAUCUUAUAGAUCAGUGUGUUGACAAAGCAAAAGUAGAAGAAAGUGAAAAAAAGGCAUUAGAAUUUUCCAAAAAGUUUGAUGAAGAAUUUACAGCUCGACAGGAGGCACAGGCUGAAAAUCAAAAGAAAGAUGAAAAAAUCAAAGAGCUUGAAACAAAACUCCAUCAGCUGGAAGCAGAGCGGAAAACAACACCUGUGCCUUCUAAUGUGCCUUCACCUGGACCACCGCCACCGCCACCGCCACCUCCCCCUGGUGGAAUUCCAGCACCACCACCCCUUCCAGGGGGCGUUGGUCCUCCCCCUCCCCCUCCACCUCCACCACCACCACUUCCUGGUGGCCCAGGCAUAGCACCGCCACCACCACCGCCACCGCCACCAUUUGGGGGCCCUGCUCCUCCUCCUCCACCCUUCGGGGGACUAGCCCUUCGCUCGCAGGCUCCUGCAGCACUACCAUAUGGACUACAGCCUAAGAAACAAUACAAUCCAGAAGCUCCGAUGCGAAGAGCCAACUGGUCUCAGAUUGGACCUCAGGAAAUGACAGAGACGUGUUUUUGGAUCAAAGCCAAAGAAGAAAAGUUUGAGAGUCCAGAUCUAUUUGCUAAACUAAUGCUUAGUUUUGCUACACAAACAAAAGUCAAAAAAGAUGAUGUUCAAACAGAGGAAAAAAGGUCUGUUCCCAAGAAAAAAGUAAAAGAACUGAAGAUAUUGGACCCUAAAACAGCUCAGAAUUUGUCAAUUUUCCUGGGUUCUUAUCGCAUAGCUUAUGAAGAAAUCAAGCAUAUCAUUUUAGAAGUGGAUGAGGAGAAGCUCAGUGAGCCCAUGAUUCAGAACUUGGUGAGAUAUUUACCAGAACAAAAGGAGCUCAAUACUUUAUCCCAAUUUAAAGAUGAAUAUGAUGACCUAUGUGAACCUGAGCAGUUUGGAGUGGUGAUGAGCACUGUAAAGCUGUUACGACCACGAUUGAACAAUAUUCUCUUCAAGCUUCAGUUUGAAGAGUAUUUGAACAACAUCAAACCUGACAUAAUGAAUGUAACAAUUGCCUGUGAGGAGGUGAAGAAGAGUGAAAACUUCAGUAAAAUUUUGGAGUUGGUCCUUCUUGUGGGUAACUACAUGAAUUCAGGUUCCAGAAAUGCACAAACCUUUGGCUUCAAGAUCAGCUACCUCUGCAAGCUUAAAGAUACCAAGUCGAUCGACCAGAAGGCAACAUUGAUGCACUUUUUAGCAGAAAUUACUGAAGAGAAAUAUCCAGAAAUUUUGAAAUUCACAGAUGAAAUUAACCACAUAGAAAGUGCAAGCAAAGUUUCAGAACAAAACCUGAAGAGCAGUUUGGAUGCCAUGGAACGACAGAUCCAAUGUCUUGAAAGGGAUAUCAAGAAGUUUCCUGAAACAGAAGAUGAACAUGAUAAAUUUGUGGAAAAGAUGUCCAGCUUUGCCAAGCUUGCAAGAGACCAGUAUGAAAAACUUUCCAACAUGUACAGCAACAUGAUGAAGCUGUACAAAGGACUGGGUGACUACUUUGUCUUUGAUCCCAAAACUGUCAGCAUUGAUGACUUCUUCACUGAUCUCAAAAACUUCAGGUCUACGUUCCUGGAAGCACUGAAAGAAAACAUUAAGAAGAGGGAAACAGAAGAAAAGAUCAAAAGAGCAAAGCUGGCUAAAGAGAAAGCAGAGAGGGAGAAGUUGGAACGGCAGCAAAAGAAGAAACAGUUGAUUGAUAUGAACAAAGAGGGUAAUGAAACGGGAGUGAUGGAUAGCCUGCUGGAGGCCUUGCAGUCAGGUGCUGCAUUCAGGGAUCGCAGGAAGCGCACACCAAGAAAUCUUGGUGAACAAGGUCCAGCUAGUCCAACAUCCCGAUGGCCUGUUGAUAAGGAAAAUAGGCGCAUUACUUUGGAGAGGUCACGUUCACGACACAAUGGAAAUACGACGUUUGCGUGAUCCCAAGGUGCUAAAGGACUGAAGUUUGAAGAUUAUUUAAUACCAACCCUUGGGCAUCAGAGCAACUCAAAAAAUUUAGUGCAGACAAUUAUCUGUGGACGCUGAGACAGAAGAUCCAAAGGAAUCAUGAAAACAUUGUAUCUGAGAAUGCACAAAGUUGAGCAUUGUCUUCUGUCACUUCAGAAAAUUUUAAUUUUUAUAUUGUGACUAACUGACCUGAAAUUGCGAACAGGUAACUUUGUCCAUUGUGUUCUGAAACUCAUUUCAAUUUUUUGCGUAUAAAAAAAAUAUUCAAAUGCUUGGGAUCCCCAUUCAGUGUGAUUCAGAUUAUUUUCCGUCUGCACAUUAGAGUGUGUAUUUUACAUGAGUUGGUUCAAAGUUAUUCUGCUUUGGGGUCAUGGACUGUUAUCAAAAUAACCAAAGUCUGAACACACUCAGCAUAUCAACUGUGGCAAAAUAGUCCUCUCUUGCUCUGUCGUCUUUCAGGAGGAUUUAUUUUACAUUUCUAUUUUCCCUAAAAGAAGUAUUUUUCUUGAGCAAAAAUAUUUUCUAAUUAUGCACUUGUAUGUACUUUAUAUGCAUAUUUUCAGGAAACAAAAUGAUGAAUGCAGCAUUCUUAUUUUGUCACUGCCUAUCACGAGACUGACAUCUGUUAAGUAGUGUCUGUAUUACAUGAUUUCUUAAGACACAUGCAAAAUACAUUAAGCAUGAGUUGUUUUAAUAUCACAUAGUUAUUGUACAGUGUGCUUUGCUGCAGUGAAAGUUUGUUCGUAUCCACAUUGUGCAAUAGCAAUGUUGCAACACUCAUUUUAUAGAAAUUAUGAUUUUGGAAAUUGCAUCAUAAAAUGCAUUCCAUUUAAACAUGUUUUAAGUAUUAUAAGCAGAUCUCAGCAGCAGUUGAGAUGUGCGUUUAAAUGAUCAGAUGAAUUCAAUACUCAUUUUAACUUUCAUAACCAGUUUAUAUGUUAGCAAAUAUCUUCACUUCAUAUAACAAUUAAAAAUAGUCAACCAAGUCCCAAACCAUUAAAUAUAUAGUAAAGGUAUGUUGUAAAUGAAUUUGCAAAUACUUAACAGAGUUGCUUGUCUUAUAUAAAUGAAAAUAGAAUGUAUAUCAGCUCAAUGCCUUUAAUGUUUAAAAUAAAAUUGAUAUUAUCAA